AUGGACCCCAAGAACAAACAGACCAUCAUCGAUGUUGACGCGGAGGUGAUACCGGAAGAGCCCAUGAAGCCUUUAUCACCGAGUAUGGAGGGUUUGAGGAACGAGAACAAGCGGCUAAGGCUGACAAACGAAUCGUAUUCAAAUAUUAUGCACCAGCUGAGAGACGCGCAGGGGCUUAUCAAAAAUCUGAAAGAUGACAUCGAAGCGAAGGAUAAGAAGAUCGCACGUUUAGAGCGCCGCUUUCACGCCAAAGAACGCAACUACAACGACAACGGCGCCAGUUCUGAGGAAGAGGAGGAGGAUGAGGAUGAGGAUACGGCGUCUGUCGUAUCAACAGACGAUACAGGUGAUGAUGACAUUGAGGUUUUAUCACCUAUCCAAUACACACGUGGGCAUAUGAAGGCACCACGUGGACGGAUGAAUGCAUUCACCGGCGCACGUGGUGGCAGACAUGGUAGCAGUCGAACACGUUCACGCGCGCAGAUUCGCAGGCAAGCACUGAGCGUGCACUCGAGUGCGGAAAACGAGUCGCCUACUGUGGCAACUGCUCGGGGGGGCAGAAGGAAACGCUACCCACAAAAAAUGCCAAACGGUAGUGGUGAUAUGGAUGUCGGUAUCGAUGGGGUUAGCAACGCACCUGUGCAAAGCCGUACAGAGAGCCGGGUGUUACGAGGACGAGGUGCCCUGUAUCGUUCGAAUGUAGAUGAUACGGAAAAUGCGAAACAUGACAGUACCACGAUUGUAAUGACCAGAGGGAGGGGACUAAAGCGCUCGCUUCCGCGUAGUACGCAGUCACGUACAAGCACGCGCACACGCACUCGAGUGGAGAGGUCUGGAGCCAUAUCCUCGGGCGGAGUGCCUCAGCACACACACACAGACGAGGACGAUAGAGACGGACCUGUAGAUGACAGCAAUGCAAGCGACACCGGCAGUGACGACGAACCUGACAGUGACGAUGGGCCUGGUGACAGCGAUGACGAGAGGGAAAGAGAGCGACCGGAACGAGAGAGACAGGAGUUUGAGAAGUGGGACUCUGAGUGGAAUCCUCUGUUUAGAUCGGCAAUUGUUCCUGUGGACCCUGCUAUGGUACCAACCGUCGAUGCGGCUGAGAAAGCCGCGCGAAAGGAGGCUAUACCAGUACCAAAUUGGCGAGUUGUCGGUUUUGAAUCUAACGCAAUAGAUGAUCGUCCCGGGCAUAUCGAGGACAUGAGCGAUGCCGCCUACGACAAACGACACCGCAAAUAUGAAGCCCUCGAGAAGCGGCGCAAACGCACAGACCAUGAACGCCUCCUACUUGAUCAGCAACUAAUAACGACUCAAGCGGGAGUUAAGGAAGCGGACCAGGCAAGAGGAAACACGGAACAGAAUAUUCUCACAGACGUGUACAGUCUCUUCCCCGACCCAUACACGAAUCUCAAGGCCAUUGAGGUGACCUUGAAGCUGCCGUACGUUGCCUGGGGUGCGAGUGUGCCAAAGGAACUAUGCUAUAGGCUGCAGGAGAUCCGACACGAGACCGCGCACGAACGAGCUAAGAGAUGUCAGGCAUUUGCCCUGCCAGUUUCGGGUAGCCUGUCUUUCCAGACCGAGAUGAUGGCCCAGAAAGCCCAAUUAAAACACAAAAGGACCAGGAUGGCUCUCGCAGCGCCCAUACAAGCUAACCCGGGCAGAACCCGUACACGUGUUAACUCGACUAACAGCGUUGCGUCAAAUCAGUCACGUGGCCGGACUUUAACCGCAGGUGGAUCGGCUAGCAAGCGGUUGAAGCGAGAUCUAUCCCAAACCAAGCGACGCACAUCAUCACGACUUCACAGCGCUGCCAGCGCACAGUCGGAGGGAGCGGCGGAAGCGAUUCCUUCUGCUGAUGUGAACGUUAGCCCGCACACAGCUGCUUUAGAUACGAAUUCUCAAAAAGCAGUAUCUAUAGCGGACAAAGAUAAGAAUGUAGGACCUUCAACGGUACGGGGUUCAAUGAGGACACAAAAUAGCUCAGUACCACCAGUGGGGAAAGGUGAAAAUGAGAUACCACACCGCACACGCUCACGGUCAGGGCGCAAGCGGACACCCCCACCACGUACACGUGCGUCCACACGUACCCGAUCACAGACUCCCAGCCACGCACUCAAUGCAUCAAUUUCGCUUGAACCAGUACCGCCCUUGUCAGUAACAAAUACCGCAAGAAAGAUCGAGGAUAUGGAACAGACCGUGUCGCAAUCUGCUAGUAAGGCCCCAGAAGCGGCGGUUGCGCAACCUCUGGCACUGCGUUCGUCUACUCCACCGCUUUCGCCAUCACCGUUGCCAACGAAUUGUGUGUGGAGAGCACGUUCGAUAGAUGGUAGUAUGAGCAAGCCUGUGGCUGUUGGGAAAUGUUUGCCAACGGGGAAAGGGAACAAAGACGAAGAGAAUGAAAGUCAAUCAAAUGCAGCUGAGGCAGUCGAUAGUGCUGUACACUCAAGAGCGAAGGAGGAAGUAGAUAAGGAUGACGAUAUGCCGCCAAGUGUCAGUAUAAGCAGUUUAAUAACAGGCCUGCAAGAGGGCAGCAAGAAAUCUGCGGAUCAAGCUCCACUUUUGUUGAGGUUUAAACGUGUCACACCCGUUGAUGCGGUUGAGUGA